AGUUAGAUCUUACAGGUCCCGGCCUGCAGACAUCUUUUACUUCAACCCCUGACUAGACAGGUUUAUCCCUUCUGGGUAAUAUAGGGUGGUGGCUUCUGGAGGAGAUGUUUGCUGUUGCUGUCUUCAUCUUGUCUUUGAUGACUUGUCAGCCUGGGGUAACCAUACAGGAGGAUGUGAUCUGGAGAGUAAGUCGGGCUGCUCAGAGUCCCACCUCAACAGCAGUUACCUGCCAGCUGAGCAACUGGUCAGAGUGGACAGAUUGCUUCCCAUGCCAGGACAAAAAGUACCGAUACCGGAGCCUCCUGCAGCCAAACAAGUAUGGGGGAACCAUCUGCAGCGGCGAUGUCUGGGAUGAAGCCAGCUGUCACAGUCCCACCUCUUGUCUAAGGCAACCACAGUGUGGACAGGAUUUCCAGUGUAAGGAGACAGGUCGCUGCCUGAAACGCCACCUCGUGUGUAAUGGAGACAGGGACUGCCUUGAUGGCUCUGAUGAGGAUGACUGUGAAGACGUCAGGGCCAUUGAAGACGACUGCAGCCAAUACGACCCCAUUCCAGGAUCGGAGCAGGCGGCCUUGGGGUAUAAUAUCCUGACCCAAGAAGAAAGUCAGAGUGUGUACGACGCCAGGUACUAUGGGGGCCAGUGCGAGACGGUAUACAAUGGAGAAUGGAGGGAGCUGCGAUACGACCCCACCUGUGAGCGUCUAUACUAUGGAGAGGAUGAGAAGUAUUUCCGGAAACCCUACAACUUCCUGAAGUACCAUUUUGAAGCCCUGGCGGAUACUAGAAUCUCCGCAGAGUUGUAUGAUAAUGCAAAUGACCUUCUUUCUAAAGUGAAAAAUGACAGGUCUGUGUCAACUGGAGUGACCGUUGGCCUAGGCCUCCCAGACACGCCUGUAACAGUGGAUGUGGGCGUAUCUGAGUCACAAGUCUCUUCGUUCUUGGAUAAGUUAAACAAGUAUAAUAAGAAGAAAUAUAGCUUCAUCAGAAUUUUCACAAAGGUGCAGACUGCUCAUUUUAAGAUGAGGAGGGACAAUAUCAUGCUGGAUGAAGGAAUGCUGCAGUCAUUAAUGGAGCUUCCGGAGCAGUACAAUUACGGCGUGUAUGCCAAGUUCAUCAAUGACUAUGGCACUCAUUACAUAACGUCUGGAUCAAUGGGUGGCAUUUUUGAAUAUAUCCUGGUGGUUGACAACGAAAAAAUGGGAUCAAUUGGUGUUACCAGCGAAGAUAUCAAGACCUGCUUUGGAGUCGCUAUAGGCAUCAGCUAUGACUAUACAAAUAGCACACCAAUUGGAAUAGGUUUAUCAGAAGGACGGUGUAAAAAAUUUGGAGAUGGCAAAACUGAAAGAAGCAGGAAGACCAUGGCGGUGGAAGACGUCAUUUCUCGGGUGCGAGGUGGCAGUUCUGGCUGGAGUGGUGGCUUGACACAAAGCGAGAGCAUCAUUACAUACCGUUUCUGGGGGAGGUCAUUAAAGUAUAAUCCUGUUGUUAUUGAUUUUGAGAUGCAGCCCAUCCAUGAGGUGUUGCGACACACGAACCUGGGGCCCCUGGAGGCUAAACGCCAGAACCUGCAGCGGGCCUUGGACCAGUACCUGAUGGAAUUCAAUGCCUGCCGCUGCGGGCCCUGCUUCAACAAUGGGGAGCCCAUCCUCGAGGGCACCAGCUGCCGGUGUCAGUGCCCCCUGGGUCGCCAAGGCCUUGCCUGUGAACAAAUGGAGCAGGAGGGAGCCAAGGCGAAUGGGCACUGGAGCUGCUGGAGCUCCUGGUCUGCUUGCAGAGCGGGCACCCGGGAAAGGCGGAGAGAGUGCAAUAAUCCCGCACCCCAGAACGGGGGCACCUCGUGUCCGGGGCGGAAAGUGCAGACCCGGGCUUGCUGAGGGCCUCUGGGCACCGGCUGGGACAGAUGCAGCGCAUGUCACCACCUGCACCCACCACUGGAUAAAGAUUUCUUCCUGCUGAGAGAAAAUGCAAAUCUACAUGGACUUUUUCUUUGUCCUGCCAGUUCUCAGGCCUAAGACCAGGCUGUGCCAUCUACAACCAACCGUUCUGUUACCCAUGAAACUCAGUCAUUCAACAACUGGGUGUUGAGUGUUAACUAGAGGCUCGGUCCUGCUCACAACACUUUGGAUCAUUCAAAAAAUCAUCAAUAAAUAAAGGAGAAAUCUCAACCCAUGUCUUAGGGAAACUUAUAGGAUGUUAGAGGUACAAGGCAGGCAGAUGCUCUUGAAACAAUCAAUGGCCAAUAAAACAGAGCAUGAUGAGAAUUAUCUCA